AUGGCCAACUUUGGAACUCUCUUAAUUAUCGGAGCUACCUCAGGGAUCGGAGAAGAGCUGGGCCGCCAAUACCACGCACAAGGCAAGACGGUCAUCAUCUCAGGCCGUCGGACUGCAAGGCUCGAUGCCCUAACAGCUGAGCUGCCGGGACUGCGUUCCAUCCAGAUAGAUGUCCAAGACCUCCACGCCCUACCCGGCAAAAUCGACGAAGCAUUCACCAGAUACCCCAAUAUCGACGCGGUGAUUGUCAACGCCGGCAUCCAGAAACUCCUGGACUAUAGCAACCCCGACAGUACCUCGAACACAUACCCGGCCACGGAGGCUAUUACCAAAGAGAUCACGACAAACCUCACCGGUCCUACCGUGCUGGCCCGCUCAGUGAUCGAGCACUUCCGUGCGUCGCGACCGGGCCAGCCCAGCCUCCUGGCCUUCGUUACCUCAGGUCUAGCUCUUAUACCGUUUCCCACGUUUCCUGUGUACUGUGCCACAAAGUCGGCGUUGCAUCAUUUUGCGGUUAUCCUGCGCAAUCAGCUCAAGGACUCGCCGAUUAGUAUUGUGGAGAUACUUCCACCGUAUGUGGAGACUGAACUGGACACGGCGCACGUGGAUGAGUUGGCGGAACGCUUUGGUGGUAAGAUGCCGCAGGGAAUGCCGGUGAAGGAAUAUGUCGAAAGUGUAGUUCGAGGGCUGAAGGUCGUGGAUAAAGAUGGAAAAGUUCAGAAAUACGUUGCGGAUGGGAUGCCGCGUGCAGCCGUUGAUGCUUGGGCCCAGGCUAUUGGCCCCAUCGCUCAGAACGUGUAUACGGAUUUGUGAACGACAUAGGCGCUUAUCAGGAGAGAUAAUUCACAAGGCUCUCAUCUUGCGAUGCUGGUUCCAGGCUGAGUAGAAGACUUGAAUACGCGGUUUCAAAAUCGUCGCCUUGGACAAAGG